GGUCACGCGGACAGCGUUGCAUUAUAUUCGAGCUGGAGAUGCUGGAUGGUGUGAUGUGCUGCAGGUCCGCAGUGGUACUGCUGGUGCUUGUUUAUCUGUCACUUCCACCAGCAGCAUCAGCACCACUGCAGCAACGGCAGUGGCACAUGGAUCAUUUCUGACAGUGAUCUCCUUAAUCGAUCUGUUUACAUGACAUGUGUAUACCUCCCACCCCGCCCCACCACGGCCCUCACCUGUGUGUUGCGGUGCUUCCCUUGUGAGCCGACCUGGGCUGGCAGCCCCUUCUUGCACCGCCCGCCGACCCGGCCCAUGGUCACCAUGACGCGCUCCAAAACUUUCCAGGCGUACCUGCCCAGCUGCCACCGUACCUACAGCUGCAUCCACUGCAGAGCACACCUCGCCAACCAUGACGAGCUCAUCUCCAAGUCCUUUCAAGGAAGUCAGGGCAGAGCAUAUCUGUUCAACUCUGUGGUGAACGUGGGAUGUGGCCCUGCGGAGGAGAGGGUUCUGCUCACGGGCCUUCAUGCAGUGGCUGACAUCUACUGCGAAAACUGCAAAACCACACUGGGGUGGAAAUAUGAACAUGCCUUUGAGAGCAGUCAGAAGUACAAGGAAGGCAAGUUCAUUAUCGAGCUCGCCCACAUGAUCAAGGACAACGGCUGGGACUGAGCGAGCGUCCUGGAGAGAGCAACGGGUGGAUGGUGAAUGUGUGGGUGAAUGACUGACUUUGGUUUGCCAUUGCCCUCUUAAACCCUCUUCUACCCUCCAUCUCUUCCUGACACACACGCCCUUCGCCGGACCGAAACCAGGAGAGUGGGCCGCCCCGGGGGGCUUUGUGUGUCUGGAGAAGAGUGCGCGCAUGUGUGUGUGUGUGUGUGUCCGCUCCGGCACAUGGGAGCACACUGAGAUACAUGAA